UUUGUCAUAUGUUUGUAUCGAUCCUAAAGAAAUAUAUCAUCUCCUUGUUCAUUUAUGGUAAGAAAAUUCUAAGACGGGAAAUGGAUUUGUCUGCACCAGUAUGGCAACUGCAAGCAGAAUUACUCAACUAUCAAAAGCAACUAAAGGAAAUAGAAACAAAGUUGAGAGAACCCAACGCGGACCAAAAUGAACUUCAAGGCAUAGCAGCAGAUAUCAGAGACAUUAUAGCCGCAUACAAAGAGAUGUUGCUGUCCAAAGGUAUUCAAAUAGAAAAUAUAAACAGCACUUUGUUGCAAAACAAUUCCUAUCCAAAAAAGGAACAAAGGCAUUCUGGAGCUAACAACGGACCAACUGUGAAACCUGUAACGAAGAAACCUAAAAAGUCAAAGGGGCGCAAGGAAGAGGCUUUAAAAGAAAGAGUUCAGUCUUGGCAACAGUUUCAUUCCAAAUACGGUGCAAGGAGAAAGAGCAUUUUUCAAUCACCUGAAGAAGGUUCGCGUACUAGAGUCGGCUUCCAGGGGUCGCCAGGAACACUUACUGCGAUUCCUGAACGUAAGAAACAUGAAUUUGUGAAUAUUACAGAAGAUAGUUGAUAUUGAAAACGGGAUAUUUCAGUUUCUUGUACCUUGAAAGAGUUUGGAACAUCGAGUAACCUUGUUGCAACCCAAAAAAGUGUGUGUCACAAGUUUUGGUAAGUCAAUAAACACGUCGUUAUCAAU